AUGGGGUGUCGGGCGGCAUUGGGGUUGCUGGCGCUGGCUCUGGUGCCCGCGCUGUGUGCUGGUGGGCCGCCGAUCCGGGGGCUGGACCCCGCCCUGGGGCCUCGCUACGAGCCCACAGCUGAUGGCAAGUUCGCCUGCCUGGACGGCAAGAAGAGUGUGCCCUUUGAGCAGGUCAAUGACAACUAUUGCGACUGCUUUGACGGCUCGGAUGAGCCAGGCACGUCAGCUUGCCCCAACGGCCACUUUUUCUGCGCAAACAAGUUCUACCUGCCGCUGCUGCUCAACGCCUCCAUGGUGGACGAUGGCGUGUGCGACUGCUGCGACGGCUCGGACGAGCCUGCUGGACGCUGCCCCAACAACUGCUACGAGAAGGGCUACAAGUCGCUGAUCGCUUUGAAGGACCAGAUGGCAGCAGCUGACAAGGGCGUGCAGGCACGCAACAAGUAUGUUGAGGAGGCAGGGGCCAGCAAGCAGAAGUGGGCGGAUCGCAAGGCGCAGGUUGAUGCGGAGGUGGAGAAGCACCGCAAGGAGAAGGAGGCUGCCGACGCCGACAAGAGCAAGCUGGAAGAGGAGCAGCGCAAGCUGCAGGACCGCAAGCGGGAGCUUGAGGAGGAGAAGAAGAAGCGCCAGCCGCCUGAGGAGCCCGCCAAGUCGGAGGGCGAACAGCAGCAGGAGACAGCGGCUUUUGAGGACGAGCAGCAGGUGGGCGGCGCCGAGGGCGUGGGCGAGGAGCAGGCUGAGCCUGGCGUGGAGGAAGCUGCCGAGGAUGAGGCAGUAGAAAAGUCUGAAGAAGAACUUGCCAAGGAGCGAAUGGCACAGUGGAUCCCUGGUGCCAAGGAUGGCGAUGGCGGGGCAGUGGAGGAGGAGGCGGGGCCCGAGGAGGAUGCAGAUCCGGUGCUGCCAUCCUAUGAUGGCGAGGACCUGCAUGCAGCUGAUGCCGCUGCACUGGAGGAGGAGGAUGCGGAACCCCAGCAAUUUUUUCCUGACGAGGGUGCAGCUGAUGUUGAUGUUGGCGCCAGCGGCGCUGAUGGUGAUGGCGGCGAUGCAGGGGAGCCGGGCGCCGAGGAGGGUGCGGCGGGUGCUGGCGCGAGUGCGGCGGGUGCUGGCGCGAGUGCGGCGGGCGGCAAUGCGGGGCAGCGUCCCACUUCUGCCUUUGGCAAGGCCAGGCUACUCCUGAAGAAAGUGUUUAAGGCGCUCGCCAAGCCGGGCAACGAGACUGUCGCUGAUGACACUGAGCUGACCGGCGCCAUUGCCGCCAUCGACGCUGAGAUCAGCGCCUUGAAAACACGCCUGGACCCUGCCCGCACCAAAGCCAACGAGGCGCGCCAGAAGCUCAAUGACCUGGAGCAGGAGCAGCGCAAGCUGCAGGCGAAGCUGGAUGGCAGCUAUGGCGAGGGUGACGCGUUUGUAGCUCUGGUGGACCGUUGCUUUGAUGCCAAGGUGGACAAGUACACGUAUGAGGUGUGCCCCUUCGACAAGGCCUCCCAGAAGGAGGGCGGCAGCGCCACCUCACUGGGAAGCUGGUCGGGCUUUGAGGCUGGCGAGACCAAGCUGGCAUUCAAGAACGGGGCGACCUGCUGGCAGGGCCCCAGCCGCAGCAUGACGGUCUCGCUGCACUGCGGGCAGACAGAGCGGCUGGCCAAGGUGGAGGAGCCCAGCCGCUGCGAGUACAGCGCAGAGCUGCAGACCCCUGCGGCCUGCACACCCGCGGCAGCCGAGGCGCUGAGGCGCGAGGUCGAGGCGCGGCAGCGGUUCCUGGAGGGUGGCGAUGAGGUGGAGGGCGAUCCUCAGGCCAACCGGGACGAGCUGUGA